AUGAUACGAUCAAUUGCAUCCCACCUUAAAAGUGCAACUCGCAUUUACUAAGCCUCAAGAUACUUACCAAAAUACUUGUUGUCUGAGAAUGUGAAAGAAAAGUAAUUAAGAGAAAAUGAUAUGCUUUGGAUAGCAGCCAAUGCAGAUGAUAAAAGAUGUUCGAUUAUAGAAAUUCAAAAAUUCAUAUAAGAAGAACCAUUACUAGAAUAAUCUCCAAUUCGAUUAAUGGACCUGGGAAAUAAUUACUUCAGACACAUUAACCCUAGAAAGAAAAAGACUAUGCUAUAACUCUUAGAUGCAUACGUUGAUAACCUGACUUCAGAAGAAGCCUAACUCUUUCAGGAUGCCUUAUCCAUUUAUUUUGAUAAUACGUAUUAAGGGAAGGAUAUGGAAAACUUGAGUUGUGAGGACAAGGACUUUCCAGAACCAUUAUUAUGGCAUAUCUAUAGCUUAAUGAUAUUUGAUAGACUGAGCAGUCAUUAUGCUCGUUAUGAGUAUUUGGAGUAGUUUAGGAUUAUCGAAUUUUUUAAUCAACGAGACAAAUCAAAAGUCAACAGAGUGAAGUAUGUGUUUACUUCUCAUCCUACACAACCAAAUUCAUUGACCUAGUUAAUUGCUAUAAGUAGAAUGCUCCAAGGGAUCGAAUAAAAUGACUACAAGUAUCUUAAGUAUGCUGCCAAAUUAUUCAUCCAAUCCAACAAACAAAGAGUAUUUAAUAAAGUCUCUUACAUUGAAGAAUCAUUAAUCUAUCAUUCCUAAUAUUUACCAAAUCUUAUUAAGGCUGUAGCUCAGGCUUAUGAACUUGGUUUGUAAAACCCUGAGUAUUAUUUUGAAACUCCUGGGACUUGGUUGACAUUUGAUUUUGAUAAUCAUCCUGGAAUGGAAAUUGGUAUUAUGUCUUAUACACAUGGAUUGACAAUUGAUUUGACAUUGUAAUAGUACAAGGAGUAUAUUGCUGAAGCAAAAUUGGAGGAGAAUGAAGAUUUUAAGAAGAUUUUAGAAUUAUAUUAAUCAGCUUUGGAUUAUAGCAAGGACAUAAGAGAUUUAAGUGAAAAAUUUAGAGUCAAGAAGGAGAUUUCACUUGAAGAAUUUUAUUAAUAAAUGCCUAUUUUCAAUAUUAAAAAGAUAGAGGAUUAAAUUAAUUAAAUUCUAGAUCACAUCUUGGCUAAAAAUGAUGAUUCUAAAGAAUACUUUAUUGCUUUAAAGUUGAAGAAACUCUAUUCUAUUUUCAGACUAACAGGAGUAUUGGGACAAAUUAGACUGGCUGGUGAAGAUUUGACAGAUCUUAACAAAAUCAAACCAAUGAUCAAGAAUAUAUUCAAAGAACUCUCGCUUUUAAAUGCCAAUGGUUAAGCAGCAGACAUGAUUAUUAUUGCCAAUUUCCAAACUUAAUCAUAGUAUGAUUUAGUUAAUGAAUUAAUUAACCAGUAUAAGGUGGAGAAUGUAGAAAUAGUGCCAUUGUUAGAAACCUUUUCUUCAUCAAACAAUACUGAUUCUAAAAUAACUAUGAUUGCCAGUAGUGACACGCGAUAAAGAGAUGGCUUGAUCUUGACAGAACUUAGAAAUAUGAGGGAAUACAAAAGGAAUCCAGAGAAGUAUAUUUAUAUGGGGUAGGGUAUCACUCCAGAAAGAGGAGGUGGGCCUUACACAUUGAUCCAUACUAAGUAUUAAGCCUUGACGAGAGCACAACGAAAAAGGCAUAUAAGAACUAUCUAAGGUCACUACUUUACCUCAGAGUUUGCUAGCGAAGAUGUUGCCUUUACGUUUUUGUUAAAUGGCUUAUCAAAUAUAAAUUAUAGUGAUGAUUUCGAACCUUCCUAUGAAUACAUGGAUUUUUUGUUUGAAUUAGAUAAUGCUAUUGGAGUUCCUUAAAGAGCAAUGUAAAAGACAAAAGAGUACAACGACUUGUAUGUGAAAAAUUAAGUUGUCAAAACUAUGGUUGAAUCUUUCAAUUUUGCAGGAAGCAGAGAGGUUGCUAAGCCUUUUGAAAGUAUAAAGAAUCAGAGAGCCAUAGUUCAAGCAUAUUGCAAUAGCGAUAGAUGCUCCUUCACUCACCCAGAAUUAGCUUAUUGGGAUAGAGUUCCAGAAGAACUAAUCAAUAAAAUAGCAAAUUAUUACUAUAAUAAUCAUCCCCAUAUGAAAUACAUGCUUUACAUGUAUGCUCUAAUGGCCAGAAGAUGUGACUUAGAUUUUGCAAAGUAAGAAGUUGGAUUGGACUCAACUAACCCUUAUUUUUAAGCUAUGCAAAAGGGGAGAGCAGCUUUGAUGAAAAUUCUAGAUUAAUUAGGCUUAGGUGAUAAUAGUACUCCAAUGAUUGCAAUUUGGAAAUAGCAUCUGGGGUGCCAAUUAUAAUCGAUGAAUAUGGAAGUCAAUUAAAAGUUCUAAACAUUCAGAACUUUGAAUUAAUUGCAAUUGUACUAAGCUAAGAAAAUGGUCAAACAUGGCAUUUUAGAAACUGAUAUUGCUGUAAGCCAAAGAAAAUUGAGAAUAUUGCAAUCCACACUCGCAAACAUGACAUCUUUUGCUGGAAAGGGUUGA